AUGGCCAAUUGCUGCAACUGGCUCAAGAGGUGGCGGGAACCGGUCAGAAAGGUGACCCUUGUGAUGGUGGGACUUGAUAACGCUGGUAAAACUGCAACAGCAAGGGGAAUCCAAGGAGAACAUCCUGAAGAUGUGGCUCCUACUAUUGGAUUUUCCAAAAUUGACCUUAGACAAGGGAAGUUUGAAGUCACCAUCUUUGACUUGGGAGGUGGAAAGAGAAUUCGGGGAAUCUGGAAGAAUUACUAUGCUGAAUCCUAUGGAGUAAUAUUUGUUGUGGAUUCCAGUGAUGAAGAGAGAAUGGAAGAGACAAAAGAAACAAUGUCAGAAGUUCUGAGACAUCCCAGGAUAUCAGGAAAGCCUGUAUUGGUAUUAGCCAAUAAGCAAGACAAGGAAGGGGCUUUAGGAGAAGCUGAUGUGAUUGAAUGUCUAUCUUUGGAAAAACUGGUCAAUGAACACAAAUGCCUAUGUCAAAUAGAACCUUGCUCAGCAGUCUUGGGGUAUGGGAAGAAGAUUGAUAAGUCCAUUAAGAAAGGGCUUUAUUGGUUGCUACAUAUCAUUGCAAGAGACUUUGAUGCUUUAAAUGAACGCAUCCAAAAAGAUACAGCAGAACAACGUGCUCUUGAGGAGCAAGAGAAAAGAGAAAGGGCUGAACGAGUGCAAAAAUUACGAGAAGAAAGAGAAGAAAAAGAACGAGAUCAGGCUGAUGGGAACAAUGGUGUAGCUGAGUUGGACCCAGAGCCAAUUAUUGUUAAUCCUUUCCAGCCGAUAGCAUCUGUGAUCCUUGAGAAUGAAAAAAAACUUGAAAAAGAGAGAAAGAGGCAGAAGAUGGAGAAAGACAUCGAUGGCUGCCGCCUGAAACAUAAAGUGGAACAUGAACAAAUAGAGACCCAGAGCCAGAUCAGUGACAGUAGCCAAAACAAUGACUUUGGAACAGUAGAAAAUUACAAGGAAGUGUUAACACAGCAGUUGGAGAAUGAAGAUGAGACAGACCAGCAGUCUUCAGAAUCAGAUAACAAUAAAAAAAAACCUAAAAAACUAAGAAUAAAAAGGAGUCACCGGGUAGAACCAGUUAAUACAGAUGAUUCUGCUCCUAAGAGUGCAACACCACCACCCCCUCCUCCACCUGUUGGCUGGGGAACCCCCAAAGUCACUAGACUUCCAAAACUUGAGCCUCUUGGUGAAACACGUCAUAAUGAUUUCUAUGGGAAGCCACUGCCUCCCCUGCUGGUACGUCAGAAACCUAACAGUGAUGCCCAUGACGUGAUCUCAUAA